AAUCAAAAUUAUAAUAUACCUACUUAAACUUGGCUUUUUCAGCAUACCUACUUUCCUAAGCCAAGAUAAUCCACAAUCGUUCUGACAUGAUAUCUCUUUCAUUUCAGGAAGCGUGGGCAAUGGGUGUGCCUCAGCAAAAACUGUUUUCCAGUACGAAAAGCUUCAAAACUCACCUAAAAGACAUGGACAAUAAUAACUAUAUUAUGCCUGAUAUAUCAAUAAAUAAUAUAUCAAAGUUUUAUGAAAAUACGAAAAUUUUCAUUACAGGAGCUACUGGUUUUGUUGGUAAAGCCCUAGUAGAAAAACUUUUAAGAUCUUGCGAUAAAGUUGAUGCAAUUUUUCUGUUGAUGAGACCUAAAAGAGGAAUUCCCGUAGAACAAAGACUUAAGGAAUUUGUCAAAAAUCCUGUUUUCAAUAGAAUAAAAGACAAAAAUCCAGACGCAUUUGAAAAAGUCAAAGUAAUUCCCGGCGAUGUUGGGUUACCAAACUUGGGAUUAUCCGAUGAAGAUAGGAUAUUUUUGAUUAAAAAUAUUGAUAUUGUUUUUCAUUCGGCUGCAACCGUUAAAUUCAAUGAAAAUUUAAAAACGGCUAUAACUUUGAACACAUUAGGCACUAAAAGGAUGUUGGAAUUGUGUGAGAAAAUGGAGAAAUUGAAGAGUUGCGUCCACGUCUCUACAGCCUUUUCCAAUACCGACAAAGACAUCAUAGACGAACAAGUUUAUAAACCAUCCUACGACGCCUACGCUAUGAUAAAUCUUAUCGAAAACCUUCCAGAUGAAGUUAUAGAAAGCAUAUCUUCACAAUUAGUCGGCAAACAUCCAAACACUUACACUUUCGCCAAAGCAUUAGCCGAACAAUUAGUUCUGGAAUAUUCUGGAAACAUUCCACUUGCCAUUGUACGACCUUCGAUAAUCACAGCAGCAUGGAAAGAACCAUUUCCAGGUUGGGUGGACAACAUAGGCGGCAUAACUGGCAUUUUAAUGGAAUGCGGCAGAGGCACAAUCAAAUCCAUAGUCUGUGAUGACAAAUGUCGUAUGGAACUAAUUCCAGUUGACAUUGUCGUUAAUACUUUACUGACCAGUGCCUGGCAUACGGUCGCUUAUGGACCUACCGCUAUGCGAGUUUAUAAUUGUACCAGUGGUAAACUGAACCCGGUCACUUGGAAAGAAUUUGGAGAGUACACGCACAAGUACAGUCUUAAAUGGCCAAGCAAAUAUGUCACGUGGUAUCCAGGUUUUGUUUACAGGACCAACACGACCGUGCAUAAUGUUUGCACAAUGUUGUAUCAUAAUAUUCCUUCGGCUUUGUUGGAUGUGUUUUUGUAUUGUACUGGGAAAAAGCCUAUGAUGUUGAAAAUAUCUCGUAAAUUUAACCAGGCCUUGAUCGCCGGUAGUUUUUCGUCUACAAACGAAUGGAAUUUCGAAUCUGCAUCUUACAAGAGUUUGGCUAAAGCAGUGGAAAAUGCUGAAGAUGGUGAGUUUUUCAGUGUAAACAUAGCUUCAAACAGCGGUUUCGAUUGGGACGAAUACGUUGGAGAGUUUGUGAAAGGCGUGAGGCAAUAUAUUUUGAAAGAUGACAUAAGUAGUUUGCCUAAAGCUUUAAGUAAACUUAACAGAUUAUAUUGGUUCCGGAUAAUAUUUCAGGCCCUUGCCGGCCUUCUAGCUUUAAGAAUGAGCAUCGCUUACUUUUAA